UAUCCUGGCACAAUCGCCAAAGGGAGAAGAAAACAUAACACUUUGGUUCAAUUUUCAGCUCCCGUACGACAUAGCAGCAGCCAUGGGAAGAGAAUGUUUAUUAUCAAGGCAACAAGUUUUUAUGACACUCGAUUUCUGAACUUGUUGAAAUUCUAUGUAUUUCUGACAGGGGUACCAGUGGCACUAUUCAUAACAUAUGUCAACGUCUUCAUUGGUGAAGCUGAACUUGCAGAGAUUCCUGAAGGUUAUAUCCCAGAGUACUGGGAAUACUACAAACACCCUAUAAGUCGCUGGAUAGCUCGUUACUUCCUUGACCCCCCUGAAAAGGACUAUGAGAAAGAGAUGGCUUUGCUUGAUAUCGAAGCAAAGAAAACUGAAAUGAGGCUGAUGCAGUUGGAGGCACGCAGACUGAUGAGACACAGGGGAGAUGGACCUUGGUAUCAUUAUGAAACACCAGAUAAAAAUCUUGUUGACAAUUCUAUGAAAUCCACACCUGACAAUUAAACGAUUUUAAGAUAGUAUGCAUGGUCUUAAAUGCAUACCAACAAAUUGUGACUGAGCUAUGUAAUAUACAUCCUGCUGUUUACUGACAGCCAUUAAUAAAAA